AUAAAAGCAUUAACGAAAAAUAAAUAAAAUUUAAUAACAGUCAUAAAUUUCGUUAAUCCGCAAAUCAAAACUCAUUCGGGAAAGCGAGUAACUGCGUAGCCACAGAUGAGUCGCCUCCAUCUUCUUCUUCAGCAGAUCUGAUUGCUUUCGUGUUGAACACUCCGCCGCUCUUCUGAUCGCGAUUUAGGUCGUCGGAGAUUUCGAUUUAGGCUGAUUCUUGAUUUCAACAUGUCAGACGCUCUUUCGGCGAUUCCCGCCGCCGUUCAUCGCAAUCUCUCCGAUAAACUCUACGAGAAGCGCAAAAAUGCUGCGAUUGAGAUUGAGAAUACUGUGAAGCUUUUAAUUGCUGCGGGUGACCAUGACAAGAUCUCCAAAGUCAUCGAUGUGUUGAUUAAGGAGUUUGCUAAAUCUCCUCAAGCUAAUCAUCGAAAGGGUGGACUCAUUGGCUUAGCUGCUGUAACUGUUGGUUUGGCCACAGAAGCUGCUCAAUACCUUGAGCAAAUAGUGCCACCUGUGAUUGACUCCUUCACCGAUCAAGAUAGCCGAGUUCGGUACUAUGCAUGUGAAGCUCUCUAUAACAUUGCAAAGGUUGUGAGAGGGGAGUUCAUUUUGUUCUUCAAUAAGAUUUUUGAUGCUUUAUGCAAACUCUCGGCUGAUUCUGAUGCCAAUGUCCAAAGUGCUGCUCAUCUUUUGGAUCGCCUCGUUAAGGAUAUUGUGACAGAGAGUGAUCAAUUCAGUAUUGAGGAAUUCAUACCGCUGUUAAAAGAACGCAUGAACGUUUUAAACCCUUAUGUUCGACAAUUUCUGGUAGGAUGGAUCACUGUUCUUGACAGUGUUCCUGACAUUGAUAUGCUCGGGUUUCUGCCAGAUUUUCUUGAUGGGUUAUUCAAUAUGCUGAGCGACUCUAGUCAUGAAAUACGACAGCAAGCUGAUUCAGCUCUGUCAGAGUUUCUUCAAGAGAUUAAAAAUUCACCAUCUGUAGAUUAUGGUCGCAUGGCCGAAAUACUGGUGCAGAGGGCUUCUUCUUCUGAUGAAUUCACUCGGUUAACGGCCAUCACAUGGAUAAACGAGUUUGUAAAACUCGGAGGUGACCAGCUCGUGCGUUACUAUGCUGAUAUUCUUGGAGCUAUCUUGCCUUGCAUAUCUGACAAAGAAGAAAAAAUCAGGGUGGUUGCUCGUGAAACCAACGAAGAACUUCGUUCAAUCCAUGUUGAACCCUCAGAUGGUUUUGAUGUCGGUGCGAUCCUCUCUGUAGCAAGGAGGCAGCUAUCAAGCGAUCAUGAGGCUACCCGAAUUGAAGCCUUGAAUUGGAUAUCAACACUUUUGAACAAGCAUCGUACUGAGGUCCUGUGCUUCCUGAAUGACAUAUUUGACACACUGCUAAAAGCACUAUCUGAUUCUUCUGACGACGUGGUGCUUUUGGUUCUGGAGGUUCAUGCUGGUGUAGCAAAAGAUCCACAAUACUUUCGCCAUCUCAUCGUCUUUUUAGUCCACAAUUUUCGAGCUGAUAAUUCUCUAUUGGAAAGGCGUGGUGCCAUUAUUGUCCGGAGAUUGUGUGUACUUUUGGAUGCUGAAAGAGUCUAUCGAGAGCUCUCAACUAUACUCGAGGGAGAAGAUAAUCUUGACUUUGCUUCAACCAUGGUUCAGGCAUUGAAUUUGAUUUUGCUUACAGCCCCAGAGUUAUCAAAACUAAGAGGUCUUCUAAAAGGUUCACUCAUCAAUCGCGAAGGGAGAGAACUUUUUGUUGCCUUGUACGCUUCAUGGUGCCAUUCACCUAUGGCCAUUAUAAGCCUCUGCUUAUUAGCUCAGGCGUACCAGCACGCGAGUGUCGUGAUUCAGUCAUUGGUAGAAGAAGACAUAAACGUCAAGUUUCUUGUACAGCUUGAUAAAUUGAUCCGGCUUCUCGAAACUCCAAUCUUUACUUACCUUAGAUUGCAGCUUCUGGAACCAGGGAGAUACACAUGGUUGCUGAAAACACUUUAUGGUCUUCUAAUGUUGCUUCCUCAGCAAAGUGCGGCGUUUAAGAUACUUCGGACAAGACUCAAAACUGUCCCAACAUACUCAUUCAGUGGCGGUGGAAACCAAAUAAGCAGAGCAUCUUCAGGAGUUCCUUUCUCUCAGUAUAUGAAUCAUCACGAGGACGAUGAUGCAGAAGACAUUAAUAUCACCAGUUCUCACCAAGGAAUCAAUUUUGCUGCACGGUUGCAACAAUUUGAGAAUGUACAGAGUCAGCAUCGUGUCCAGGCAAGGAAUAAUGUCAAGUACACAUAUACCACUUCCUCUUCUUCUGCAUCAAAGGAGGUGAAGAGAUCUGAAGAUGAAGAAGAAGAACAACAUAAACCUCCACCUUCCUCGAGAUCAUCAUCAGUUGCAGACAACAGUCGACCUCCAUCAAGAUCCUCAAGAAAAGGCCCUGGUCAAUUACAGCUUUAACAUCCCUGGUAUGGUAAAUGAUAUAUCAUCAUCAAUCAUAAUAAUAAUAUCCAUCCCGUGCAUCGUCAUCAGUAUUCUUCGUUUGGACACCACCGAUCCAUUUCGUCUACUGUAAAAUUGUAUAUCUCUCCAUUCUUAGUAACUCUUCAAGUUUCCUCGGAACUUGUCUAAAAAAAAGCUACUACGGUCGUGUCCGUCCUCUCUUCCCUUAUCUCUCUGUCGGGUUUUUUAUUUACGAGAGAUUCUUCAGUCUACCUUUUUUGGUUUUCUUUUUCUUGAAUCUGCUGCUUCACUGUUGUUCCUUUUUAUUGAAGGGGAGAUUAUUUGUUUCCUUUGUGGAUGUAAGCAAAAAAAAGAAAGUCAUCAUGUGGUUUUGUGUUGUUUUUUAUAUAACUGGAAAACCACAUGAGGAAAAUGGUGUAGAGAUUACUUGAUUGGAUAUUUAUGUUGAAUGAUGCUUCUUGCUUGCUCCUA